CCCCCCCCCCCAAAGGGCCCAAAAAGUGACCAAUUCCUGCAGAGACCUGAGUGAUUGGUAAUGCAACGCCUCGGAAUUGAGCGGCGACGGCGAAAAAAGUGGAAGCUUUUCAACCAUUUUCCUCGCGCUGUAAUUUGCUCGAAAAAAUAAAGGUCCGUCACCGGAUGUAAUGCCGAGGUGAGUAAGAGCAGCCCUUUGUAAAUUUGUAUGUCUGAAUAAUCAACAUUUCGACAUCACACUUCUUCCAACGUACACCCUAACCUACCAACAACCUUCUUUCCUCCAACCACCUUCGCCCCAGGCUCGUAUACACAGUCAACAACGACGACAGCGACGCAUAUCGGAUUGAAAAGCACACGACGACACCACCCCAUCGUUCAAGCACAUCACCGUCGCCACAAUGUCAUCGUACAGAGCAACGAGGACGGCCCUCCGCGUCGUCGCGCGCACAUCGAGGCCCGCCACCAGACCCUCACAAUCGCGAUCCUUCGCCAGCGUCCACGCCCCCUCAAGCGCAGGCUUCCUCCACCAGAACCACCAAACAUCACAACGCCGCCCGACAGCAACAACAACAAGUCGGCAGCAGCAAAGACAAUCCCCCUUUGCCGCCCGCACCGGCGCCGUCCGCACAAUCUUCAUCCAGACCGAAAACACACCCAACCCAGACGCCGUCAAAUUCCUCCCGAACCACCGCAUCCUCCCCGACACCCUCUCCACCCCCUUUAUCGAGUACCUCAACCCGCGCUCGACCAUCGCGCCGCCCUACCCCUCCCCGCUUGCCGCCCAGCUCAUGAACAUUGACGGCGUCACCUCGGUCUUUUACGGCGCCGACUUCAUCACCGUCAACAAAUCCCCCGACGCAAAUUGGGCGCAUAUCCGCCCCGAAAUCUUCGCCCUCAUCACAGAGGCAAUCACCUCGGGCCAGACCAUCGUCACCGUCUCGGCAGACAAGGAGGGCGGCGGCGCGGGCGCGGCGGCCAACGGCGCCCCCGAGGAGCAGGACAGUCUCGCCUACGACGAGAACGACAGCGAGGUCGUCGGUAUGAUCAAGGAGCUGCUCGAGACGAGGAUACGGCCUGCUAUCCAGGAGGACGGUGGCGAUAUCGAGUUCCGCGGGUUCACGGAUGAGGGUACCGUGUUGCUGAAGCUCCGCGGCGCGUGCCGGACGUGCGAUUCUAGCACCGUGACGUUGAAGAAUGGUAUCGAGAGCAUGUUGAUGCACUACAUCGAAGAGGUAAAGUCCGUCGAGCAGAUUCUCGACCAAGAGGAGGAAAUCGCCAACCUAGAGUUUGCAAAGUUUGAGGAAAAGCUCAAGUCCCAAAAGGGACCUGAGGCAACCGCGGCAUAGAGGUCUACGGGUAGCAUACCAGAAUGCGUUACGAGGAGAUCUGUAAAACCGCUGUACAAUUAAGAGAAACAUUUCAUCCAGCUUCAACCCGGUGACGUAGAGAAUACCCACUACAAAGAUUGUACACUGCCGUU